GCUGCUAUUACCAGCAGGGACGAAUUUAUCUACUUUAACAUGUGUCGGAAAUUUUCCCAAAUUUGAGCGAUUAUUUCUUAGUGGACGUUAGAGCUGUCAAUUUCAUGCAAACAUUUGUUAUUGUUUACAUUCCAAUAAAAGGAGCACAGUGAGUGAACUAUCGAAGGAUUAGUAAACAUAACCCCUCCGAAUGACGAAAAUCAUCUCCGAAAUGAGCGAAGAAACUGUUGGAACUCUGGAAGAAGAGGCAUUGAAAAGAAAAGAGAGACUUGCAGAGUUAAAGAGGAAGAAGGAUAACUGCGAACAAAAAAACAGUGAACAAGCGGUCGAUUUACCAAAGCCAAGAUUCAGAAGUUAUAAACCCCAGGAUGAGAAUCUGAAAGAACAUGUUGUUGAUACACCCAUCUCAGUUGAGUUGGAGAAGGAGAAUCCAGAGGAGGUUACAAGGUCUAAAGCUGUCAUUGAAGAGCUCGACAUUGGGAGCUUAGCACCGAGAAAACCCGACUGGGAUUUGAAACGUGAUGUAUCAAAGAAACUAGACAAAUUGGAAAGGCGAACGCAAAAAGCCAUUGCAGAGCUAAUUAUUGAGAGGAUAAAAAAGGACAAGGACGACAUGGCAAGUAUAGUCACCCUGACUGGAAAUUCAAGUAUACAGGAUAAAUAGAAAAACCUUAUAAAUUGUAACUGUAAUUCAUAAAAUUUUAUUUGUUUCUUAAACAA